AUGAAUAAGCUUGGUUUAUUUAUCUCACGUCGCAGUUAUGGAACAGCAGCAACAUUCCGUGCUGCUGAUACAAUAGUUAAAAAAACUCAACAUGGAAACCGUAAACCAGAUUCGGAUAAACUUGUUUUUGGUGCAAAUUUUUCCGAUCAUAUGUUAACAAUUAAACAUACAACAGCAUCGGGCUGGGAAAAACCGGUUAUUGAACCAUUAAAAUCACUAGAGAUUCAUCCAGGUGCAAAAGCUUUACAUUAUGCAACAGAAAUUUUCGAAGGUCUGAAAGCUUACAGAGGCAAUGAUGGAAAGAUACGUCUUUUUCGACCUGAUUUAAAUAUGCGUCGAAUGCUCACAUCAGCUGAACGAAGUGUUUUACCAACAUUCGAUGGACAGGAAUUAUUAGAAUGUAUAAAAAAACUAGUUCAUCUUGAUGCUGACUGGGUACCGCAAUCAACUUCAAGUACACUUUAUAUCCGACCAACUUUAAUUGGAACUGAGCCAACAUUAGGCGUUUCUGCUCCAAAUGAAUCGUUAUUGUUUGUUGUUACUGGUCCAGUAGGUCCCUACUUUCCAACUGGUUUCAAACCUAUUUCAUUACUGGCAGAUACUUUUCAUUGUCGCGCAUUUCCAGGUGGCAUGGGUGCUUAUAAAGCCGGCUCAAAUUAUGGACCAACGAUUUAUGUGAAUAAAAUGGCAAACGCUCAAGGAUGCCAACAAGUCUUGUGGCUUUAUGGAGAAAAAAAACUUGUGACAGAAGUGGGCACAAUGAAUGUAUUUAUGUAUUUAAAAAAUAAAAAAGGAGGUAAUGAAUUAAUAACACCACCCUUAAAUGGACUUAUUUUACCUGGUGUUACACGUCAAAGUGUUCUUGAUCUUGCACGUACAUGGACAGAUUUAACUGUUUCCGAACGAGAAAUAACUAUGGAUGAACUUAUGGAAGCACAUCAAGAGAAUCGACUUAUGGAAAUGUUCGGUGCUGGUACAGCAUGUAUUGUUUGUCCUAUUGAACGUAUUGUUUACAAUGGAAAAUCACAUAACUUGGCAACAAUGAAUAACGGGGCUCCAUUAACGGUUCGAUUUCACGAUACUCUUGUCGAUAUUCAAUUUGGUCGAAAACCAAGUACAUGGACCGUUGAAGUUGCUUAA